GGGCGGGGCCGGGUCGGGCCGGGCCAAGCGCGUCCUUGCCGGUCUGGGGCCGGAACGCGGGGCGAACUUCGGAGGAAACGCGAAGUCUGCUGGGCUCGGGGAGCAGCGAUGGGGAGGGCAUUCGCUUCUUCUGCUCUUCUGGUUAAAUAUGUUUGAGUUCGUGGCGAUUUUUUUUUAAGUCACUUAUGUCAUAAUCCGGCUUUUCUUUUUGUGCAUUGUUCUGCACAAGGUAGAAUGCGGGGUAAUGACCUACAAAUUUUUUGCCUGUGAAUAUUGCUCGUGUCUGAAGGGUAGCUGGGUGAUAGCUUUCUCAAGUAGGCUUUGAGUAACUUGGCAGAUCAGGCAAAAGGCACUGUGAUGAGUGAUGAGAGGAAGGUAGUUAAAUUGUACCCUUUAGGGAGAAUCCGCUGCUAUGGAUGUAUUCGCCAACCUUUAAUAUUGCAAUGCUGAGACUUGUCAAAAUCACAUAGCAAACUCCAUCCUGAAUGGCUUUUAAUGAAGGCACAACGUCGUCAGGACCCAGAUACCUCAUCAGCAGUAAUGUGGAAGUGUGUUUCUCGGAAACUAACAGAAACCGGCUUUUGUUCACUCCCGUGUUUUUGGCCGAAUGAAGCAGCAAUUUUCUCUUAUUAGUGCUUAUUAUUUUAACUAAUCAGUUCCACGUUGUAGUCAGUAUUCCUUAUUUUAAACCUUGUGGUAGAUGAUUUUCUUCUGUCAGUCAAAUAAACAUUUUUGGCUUUUUAAUUCUGAGAAGUUCAUAUUAUUCAGUAAUUGUCUUCUAUCUUCAUUGUGUAACUUGCUAACUACUCCUGUUACCUUUGGCUUCCAUGUGAAGGUAUUGUUCCAUGAUGUAUAUUUGAUUUGCAGGCCAGACCUCUGAAUUUGUCACUUCAUGUAUUUUAGCACCAGCAGCCUAAAGUUCCUAAAUUAGUCUAUGAGUGAAGUACUACUUUUCUGAAGUUAUAUAAUGUAACACAAGACUUGAAGCUACUUUUUAUAACUGUUAUAGAAGGAAUAGUGAGGGGGAAUGGUAACAGAAAAAGAUUGUGCUAGAACUUUCCAUUCUAUCAAAUAGAAACUAAAUUUCACAAAGAUUGGCUUAUGGAAUUUAAUGUUACAUCAGUUAAAUGUAAAUUACUUCAGUGAAUGUGGUUAGGUCUAUAUUGGCUGUAAAACGUGCUGUCGUGUGUCCUUGCACAUAUUUGGAGUUCUCUUUAUGUUUUAAUUUCAAAACACCUGGAUUUUUUCAGGUUAAGCUUCCGAAGUUACUUGCAUCUGAUGGAAGCAGGGCUGAUUUUUUGCAGAGAGAAGCUCAUUGCAUGGACAGCAAUAGCAAAACAGAUGUUCCACUUUGUCUUUAAUAGGAUUUACCCAAUCUAGUAACCACAUCUAUUUGAGACCAUUGGGGGCAUUGGUUUUAACAGAACUUCAGGUUAAAAAUGAAACAAACAAACAAAAAAACCUAUACUCUCUCUCUCUCUCUCUCUCUCUCUCUAUUUCUUCUCAGUGUUCUCAAUUUGAUUCUAUUCUUAAAUUCUGUGUUUAAAGAAGAAAGAGGAUCUUGCUUGGCCUCUUGUUCUUCCGUCAGGGGCUUUAAGAUGCAGUUCUUGUGAAUGAAGUGUUACAGGGUCAGAAUCAGUAGAGUAGUAGUUUUGCAGGUGGCUUUAAAUAUAACAGGAUAAUGACUCUGAAUGCCAGCUUAAGAAAGUAUUGCUUGUUAAAUCAGUAUUAAAAAACAAUGGAUUUUUGCCAGUAGCCAUCGUUAAUAGCUUACUGUAUUGACAUUUCUAAUGCUGAGAGGAUGGUUAUGCAGAAUUCCCUUGCUUCUCUAGAGGAUCUUUGUUUAAUAUUAUCUGUAAGUAGUUGGUUUAAAACAAACAAAAAAGUACAGUUGGUAUCUCUGCUAGCAUUUUGGGAUUAUCAUUUUAAUUAUCAGGUCAUUUAGUGUUGUUUUGCAUCCCUCCUUAGGUCUUUUGGAUAGUUGCAGUUAUAUUAGAAGAAGGGGAUAAAGUUAUGAAAUUCCUGUAUUUGUUAGGGAAACAGGAAGAUGAUGGAUUCCAUCAGUGAGCUGCUGUGAGAGCCCAGCAGGACUCAGUGUGCUGGGUGGUGUGCUGGCAGCGAAGGACAGGCAGCACAGUGCUGCCCCUUGUCCCUCCUGUAAGAGACACCCGAGGGAGCUGUGCUGCUUGCUCUCUGCAAGUGGGUAAAGAGAUGCUAACAGUUGCAGGAAACUUGGCUAGAAAGGCAGCUUGAAGUACAGAUUUGUCCACGGCAGGAGAGUUUCCCUGCUUGCUGUCACAGACACGGCACGUCAGCUGCACGCUUGCUGUGUGCAGGUCCCGUGCAGAGUCAGAUGCAGUUCCCCUCUGGCUAUGGCUCGCAUCCUCCGAACUACAGUGCACCCUCAGGACACUAUUCCCAAGUGCCCAGUAAAGCUGUUUCAUCACAUUUGGAUAAUCAAUAUAGAGCCAGUUACCAAUCUCCUUACUAUUCAGCACCAGCACAAAAUGUUAUGACACCACCUGUGGGAACCAAUGUGUUGAAUACGCGGGAAUCACAGCAGUUCUACAACAGUUCUACUCCUCCCCAUACAGUGGGGUUGACUGAAGGACCCGCUCAAGGAGCAAUACCAUCUGGAUCCUACGUGUAUACAAGUGCUCAGCAGUCAUAUUCUGCAUUUGGUGAUCACUACAACACUUCAGUCAGCUCUUCAGUUGCAUCUCAGGGAUUUCCCCUUAAUUCUGAUCAUUAUGCCAUGCCCGUGGUUUCUAGUGCCAUGUAUCCUAAUGUUUCCUAUCCUCCUGCAGCUACUAGCAGCAUGUAUGGGCAGGCAUUUACCUCUCAGAGCCUUCCUGCAGCCGGACAGUUCAAAGAGACAAAUACAUUUUCUAGCCAGAGUACAUCAGUACCUCAUUCACUUCAACAGCACGUUCCUGUGGGAUAUAACUCUACAUUAUCAACUAUUUCAUCUGCUCAGUCCUUUCAGGACAACCUCAGCAAGAGUCUCACUGGAUCUGUUGCUAAAGUAAACAACCAAGUAAACAGAGGCGGCAUUGAUUCUUCACAGCCUGUGCACUCUGUGAGCCAGAAUGUUCAGCUUACCAAGCCUGGGUUUGGGGCACCUGCUUCCUCUGCUCUGAUCUCCUCAGUGAGGACACCGGCUCCAGGUCUUUCUUCGCAGCCACGGUCCUCACCCUCCAUUACGCAGUCACCGGACUCAGCCCUUCAGGAAGGCAUGCAGUAUGGUGGAUAUGUUAAUAAUCAAGCUAGCUCUGCACCAACUCCCUUGUCAUCAAGUUCAGAUGAUGAGGAAGAGGAUGAGGAGGAUGAGGAAGCAGCACUUGAUAGUUCUUCUACUACUAGCAGUGCGUCUCCUGUUCUGAACAAUUAUGAUGCCCUGGAAGGAGGUGGCUAUCCAGAGACACGCUCUGUGACCAACAGCCCAGUUCCUACUCCACCAGCCCCUCAAACAUCCAAAACUUCUAAGCCCUUUGGUUAUGGAUAUCCAGCACUGCAGCCUGCCUACCAAAAUACAGCACCACCUACUCCCGUGCAGGCCACUAAUCCAAGCCACCAUCCUGGGUUUCAGCACUAUCCACAGCAAUAUCCAGGUGUGAACCAGCUGUCCUCUUCCUUAGGAGGGUUAAGUCUGCAGCAUUCUCAGCAGCCAGAAGGUCUGAGACCCGUAAACCUUACACAAGAUCGAAACAUUUUACCUGUGUCUUCAGUUCCAGCUCCUGUGCCGAACUUGAAUUCUGAUCUUAGGAAAUUAAACUGCAGUCCGGAUUCAUUUCGAUGUACACUGACAAAUAUUCCACAGACACAGGCUUUGUUAAAUAAAGCUAAACUUCCUUUGGGUUUGCUGCUACAUCCCUUCAGAGACUUAACGCAAUUACCAGUGAUAACAUCAAGCACAAUAGUGAGAUGCAGGUCCUGCAGAACAUACAUCAACCCUUUUGUUUCUUUCAUUGAUCAAAGGAGGUGGAAAUGCAAUUUAUGCUAUAGAGUUAAUGAUGUUCCUGAAGAAUUUAUGUAUAAUCCUCUGACACGAUCUUAUGGAGAGCCGCACAAACGGCCAGAGGUCCAAAAUUCUACAGUGGAAUUCAUUGCUUCCUCUGACUAUAUGCUUCGUCCUCCUCAGCCUGCGGUGUAUUUAUUUGUUUUAGAUGUCUCUCAUAAUGCAGUGGAUGCUGGAUAUUUGACAAUAGUCUGCAAUUCAUUGCUGGAAAACCUAGACAAGCUGCCUGGAGACUCAAGAACAAGAAUAGGAUUCAUAACAUUUGACAGCACUGUUCAGUUUUACAACUUGCAAGAAGGUUUAUCUCAACCUCAGAUGCUGAUUGUUUCAGAUAUUGAUGAUAUUUUCCUACCUACACCAGAUGGCUUACUAGUAAACCUCCAUGAAAGCAAAGAGCUAAUAAAAGAUCUGUUGAAUGCAUUACCAAAUAUGUUCACUAAUACAAGAGAAACGCACAGCGCCCUGGGCUCCGCUCUUCAGGCUGCAUUUAAACUGAUGUCUCCAACGGGAGGUCGGAUAUCUGUUUUUCAAACUCAGUUACCAUCUUUGGGUGCAGGGCUGUUGCAUUCCAGAGAAGAUCCCAAUCAAAGGUCAAGCACAAAGGUGGUCCAGCAUCUUGGUCCAGCGACAGAUUUCUAUAAAAAGUUGGCAUUGGACUGCUCAGGCCAGCAGACUGCUGUGGAUUUAUUUCUCUUAAGUUCACAAUAUUCUGAUCUAGCUUCCCUUGCUUGCAUGUCCAAGUAUUCUGCGGGAUGCAUCUAUUAUUAUCCAUCUUUCCACCAUAGCCAUAAUCCUGCUCAGGCUGAGAAGCUGCAAAAAGACCUUAAAAGAUACCUUACCAGGAAGAUAGGAUUUGAGGCGGUUAUGCGCAUAAGAUGUACAAAAGGUCUUUCAAUACACACUUUUCAUGGAAACUUUUUUGUCCGAUCUACUGACUUAUUGUCUCUCGCCAAUGUCAAUCCUGAUGCUGGGUUUGCAGUACAAAUGUCCAUUGAGGAGAGUCUGACUGACACAUCUUUAGCUUGUUUUCAAACAGCUCUUUUGUAUACUUCCAGCAAAGGUGAACGUCGAAUUCGAGUGCACACUCUUUGCUUGCCUGUAGUAAAUUCACUGGCUGACGUGUAUGCAGGAGCUGAUGUACAAGCAGUUGUAUGCCUCUUAGCAAACAUGGCUGUGGAUCGCUCAGUUUCAUCUAGUCUUCCAGAUGCAAGAGAUGCCUUAGUUAAUGCUGUGGUAGACUCUUUGUCAGCAUAUAUGUCAACUGCCUCAAACCUGCAGCAGUCUAUGCUGAUAGCACCAAAUUCCCUCAAGUUGUUUCCACUCUAUGUUUUGGCUCUUCUCAAACAAAAAGCUUUUAGAACAGGCACCAGUACACGCUUGGAUGAUCGUGUUUAUGCAAUGUGCCAGAUAAAGAGUCAGCCUCUUGUUCACUUGAUGAAAAUGAUACAUCCCAACCUGUACAGAAUAGACAAGUUGAUUGAUGAGAGUACAAUACAUGUAAAUGACAGAGUUGUUCCUCAGCCUCCUCUUCAGAAGUUAUCUGCAGAGAAAUUGACAAGAGAAGGAGCUUUCCUUAUGGAUUGUGGCUCAAAUUUUUAUAUUUGGAUUGGAAAAAACUGUGAUAACAACUUCAUAAAAGAUGUCCUCGGAUAUCCAAACUAUGCGUCAAUACCCCAGAGAAUGACGCAGCUUCCUGAAAUAGAUGCACUUUCUUCAGAAAGGACACGGUCUUUUAUAUCCUGGCUUAGAGACAACAGACCUUUAAGUCCAGUUCUUCAAGUAAUAAAAGAUGAAAAUCCUGCCAAAACAGAUUUUUUUCAGCACUUAAUUGAAGAUCGGACAGAAGCAGCUUUCUCUUAUUAUGAAUUCUUACUGCAUAUUCAACAGCAGAUUUGUAAGUGAACGAGAAAUAAAAUAGAAAAAAAGAACCCGGCUCCAGGUAGCAUUGGCUGAGAGAAGCAUACAGGAAGUUGCAGAAGUGGGUGUUUGUUCUUCACAAUAUGUAGUAACCAGAACUGUUCUGGAAACUUUACAGCUAAAGGAGAAGUAUACAUUUCCAGAGGAGUUUUGCAGAUAUACUUCACUGUAAAAGUGCUAGGAGCAAUGAAGCUGUUUCACUAGUAAUCUUUGAAUUGGUUUAUACAUGUUUCCAGUAGUGCAGCAGUAUGGUGCUCUGUUUAUUGCAAGCUGGUGAAUUUAUGUAGCUAUGUGGGAUAUUUCUUAACGAAAUGUACAAUUAGGUAAAGCCUUUUUUCUUACGUUUGUUAUGGUAGCCCUUCAAAAAUCAAAUUCCUAACAAAGAUGUCAAAGGGCAGUGCUGUAUGUUGGUUGUUUAUAUGAAUUUCUUUUUAAAAGGAAUGAUUCGUAUUUACUAAAGACUUCAGCAAAUUCCCUGUGAAAGUUGUAGAAUUUCACUAAAGUAAAAGAAUUGUAGAAAUGAAAUAUAUAAUGUACAUAAGUAUUACAUUUGUAAAGAAAAUGUAAAAAUGUAACUAAAAAAAGACUUAGCUUAGUGUACGGAAUUGUUGGGUGUUCAAUGAUGAAUUGUUUCGGUCUCAAGUUGACUAUUAAAACAUGCUUAAAAAAAAAAUCCCUGUAGAAAGAACACAACUUCUUGUUCUGUUUAAUUUUUAGGUGAAUUUAUUUAAGAUUGGCUAACUAAUUAAAAAUAUUUUGCUUUAUUGUGUGUUUUUUAUAUCUAUGCAAGUAUCAUGUUUUUGCAACUGAACCUUAUCUGAGCAACAUAUUGAAGAGAACAUGUUUACCACUUAGUUUCACAGACAUCCAAAACCAUGGAAUGGUUUUAAACUGAGACAGGGGAGGCUUAGGUUAGAUACUAGGAGGAAGUUUUUCAUACAGAGGGUGGUGACGCACUGGAACAGGUUGCCCAAGGAGGUUGUGGAUGCCCUAUCCCUGGGGGCAUUCAAGGCCAGGCUGGAAUGUGGCUCUGGGCAGCCUGGUCUGGUGGUCGGCAACCCUGCACAUAGCAGGGGGGUUGAAACUAGAUGAUCUUUGGAGGUUCUUUUCAACCCAGGCUGAAUCAACCUAUGAUUCUAUGAUCUGGAAGGGAGGAACAAACAUUGCAUAAUCUGAAAUGAGCUAUCAAUACAACGGUUAAAGUAGCUGAAACUCUCCCUGUGUAUUAACGUAAAGAAGGCAUAUCUGUUAACCUUAUUUUACUUAUUGUAAACUACUGUAGUCUUGGUUCAGGCUUCUGUAAGUUGUUUUGUCUGCCAAUUAGAGUAAACGUAGGUAGUUACCCAGUCUGACUGAUGCAAUGAUUUCUGCUGUGAUGUAAAGAGGAAAAAAAAGGGAAGAGGUGGGGAUAAAUGAACUUGCAACAAUGAAAGUAAAGGCAUUAAAAUGCCUUUAAAUUGCAAAAUGACGUAACUGUUUCAUCUCUUCUUCUUGCUAAUGUUUUAUUUUAAUGUAAUGGUGGAGUUUCAGAUAGAUUUAGCCCAGAUUUUAAAGUUAGGUUUUAAAGUUAGGCUGGAUUUUGGGGUUUUUUUUGAGGUACAUUAGAAACAAUUCACAAAGCAUAGUCCCUCAUGCGUAGUAUUUGGAACUUUUUGUUUGUUUAAUGAGAUGUGACUAAAAUGAAAGAAGUACCCAAAGAUAAAUGGUAAUUGGUAUGAUUACAUUUUAUUUUAAAUUAGUCUUUUAAAUAUUAACAUGUAUAACUACCAUAUCCCCUGGAAACAGAACUUGAAUAGUCAAGAGAAAAAAUGUACUAGCUGUGGUUUGCGAAUGCUUUCAAAGCUACACUACUUAAAUUGUUCAAGUAUUAUUCUGCAUGUUAGCGCCAACUCAUUGCUUGGGGAAAAUAUAAUUUGUGUGCUGUCUUUAAAUGUGUUUAAGUUGCCCAAAGAUUACUUGAGAAAAAAAUUUCCAUUUAGCGAAUUAUCAUGUAAUAAAUGUCUGUGGCAAUGCUGAA